GUCAAUGUUAAAAGCGUGGUUUCUCCGGCAGCUGAUUUGUUAUUAGUUUUAAAAUUUGAUUUCUACCAUUGUAUGUCCAACAGGGCAUAGGAACAGCUCUUAAAAAUGUUCAAGUUUAAUUUUGACGUAGAAGCUGAGUCCUCUUCCGAUCUAGAGGCCGUUAAAAGUCCCUUUGUUGACAAAAAGAAGCAUAGUGAGGAACUUGAGGCGAAUGAAAUCCAGAUUAUAGAGUGGUACCAGGCAGAGAGAGUAAAACCAAUAGAUAACUUAAUACCCACACUCGACUUCUACGAACUGAAUGCCAAAGAAAGAGAAGUGGGUAAGGCCAGGAUACGACACCUUGUGGCCGGGUUUCUCCUAGAGGACAUAAAAGCUCAAACUCAUCUCGAUAUCAAGAAAGCGGAAGAAAGCCAUUCGGAUCUCAUUGCCGGGGUCUACGAAGGCGGCGCCAAGAUCUGGGAGUGCACCGACGACUUACUUACUUACCUAGCCGGGAAAUAUGAGGAUGAUACGUUUUGGAAAGGCAAACGAGUGCUAGACUUGGGCUGUGGCUCCGGAUUGCUGGGCAUCUAUGCCAUAAAAAUGGGUGCUCAAGUCGAUUUUCAGGACUAUAACAAAGAUGUCUUGGAAUACAUUACCUAUCCAAAUAUACUGCUCAAUGUCGAUGAAACUCUUGCUGAUGAACAGAAGUUGGAAUUUUUGGAAAACAAAACUAGUUUAUAUGCCGGCGACUGGUCUCAUUUUGCAGUUCUGACCAAGGACCUGGAUAAAUAUGACUUAAUUCUGACCUCGGAGACCAUUUACAAUAUAGACAACCAGGAGAAGCUGUUGGAAACCUUUGCUGGUCGCCUCAAACCAGAUGGAAUCGUUCUAGUCGCUGCAAAAUCUCAUUAUUUUGGUGUGGGUGGCGGUAUGGAACAGUUUACAGAUAAAAUAAAAUUGGGAAAGGUUUUCCAAACUGAAAAUGUGUGGCAGGCAGAGGAAAACUUAAAGAGAGGGAUUCUGCAGUUGAAGUUUAAAGAAAGUUAGCGUUUAAUACAUUUAUUUAAAUGAAAGCCCUUUUA